UAUAGCAACAAACACCAAACAACAAUGGGAAGACCAAGUGUUUCAUCUUCUUCAUCAAUUGAUAGCAGUAGUCAUCCUAAUUACUCCGUUUCUUCAUCAUCCUCUGCAUCUUCUUCCAAAAUAGAUCUUAGCACUGAUUUACGUCUUGGCUUAAGCAUUUCAUCUUCUUCAUCAAGGGAUCAUGAACAACCCAAUUGGCCGCCGAUAAAAAGGUCUAUGAGAAAUACAUUAGCAGAGAAAGGAAGCAACAGACCAACUUUCUAUGUGAAAGUGUAUUUAGAUGGGAUUCCAAUUGGAAGAAAGCUUGAUCUGUUUGCUCAUAAUGGUUAUAUUAACCUUAUAAGGACUCUUUCUCACAUGUUCCUAACCACCAUUAUCUACCCUGGUGUAGAUCGAGUACAUUCUGAUCAUGAAGAUUAUCACGUAUUAACUUACGAAGAUAAAGAAGGUGAUUGGAUGAUGGUGGGAGAUGUUCCUUGGGAUAUGUUCUUAACAACCGUGAAGAGACUGAAGAUCACAAGGUCAAACCAAUGUUGAUUAAGCUAGUUUGCACCUCUCUCUGUACAGUUUGAUGUUGUUGGAUGAGACUUAUUGUCAGCAACAAGAUCGGAAACAAUUAGAUAUAUGCAAUGUUGUUCCAUAUGCUCAUAUGGAACAUAUAUAUUAUAUAGAGAUGUACAAAAUACAGAACAAAGAUCUUACAGUAUAAAUUUUGGUUUUGAUUUCUUU